GCAACAAAUCAGUUGCACCAUGUAAUAUAACUACACGUUUCGGUUGUUUACACGUCGGGCUGCAGCGUUUCUCUCGCUUAGAGGAGACGUUGUGUAGUUUUGGCUGGACGGCUGCCUCCGCUCCGUGUUUGUCAUCCCGUGACUGGUUAAUGCUGCUCAGCUGGGGCCGGGUGGCUAGCUUUCUGGCUAACAGCAGCUAAUCAAACCUCCAGCAGCGGCGUGAGAAGAUGGACUCAAGUGUCUGCACGUUCCUCUCCAAAGGUGACCUCUUACCUCUGGCAUCGCUGCGCCUCCUGGUCCCACCUCUCCAGCUUAUGGCAGCCUCCAUGUGGCAGGUUCUGAAGAAACACGAUGUCAUGAACUACUGCAAAGUGGCAGAUUUUGUUUCUUUAGUGAUGGACAUGAUUCCAGAGCUGCUAAUCUACAAACACCGGACGCAACUUGACCUGGGUUUAAGAGCCAGGUAUAUUCUAGAGUUGUGCCGAAGUGAACAGUUUGUGGAAACUGACUUCAUCUUGUCUCAUCUGGAGAAGAUUGAACCACAGCACUCCACCCUGUUAGAUGUGAAAGAAUCCAGAGAGCAAGUAGCAGUUAACUUUCUUGACUUGAUCCACACUCUGCUCAAAGACCCAGAGGAGAGACGAGACUUUUUCUUGAAUGUCUUCCCCGCUGAGUAUGGACCUCAGUACGACAGUGACUUACAGAUGCUGUUUUCAGAGUUCCUCUUUCGGCUGGCUCAGCUGUUGCCAGUUCCUGACCUUGAGCAGACUGUUUCCUGGCUUGGAGCUGAGUGCUCUGCGUUGGAGGAUUGUGUGCAUUCUGUCUCUGAGCCUACACACUUGAAAAAUUUGCUCCAGCACCACAAACACCUUGGGCAUUUAGAGCAGCACGUUCCACCUUCUAGCAUGGGGGACAGGAUCCUCUCCUCCCUUUCUGCGGUUUCCCCUAGCAGAGCGGCAAAAAAUACCAAACAACCCAACCAAUCGGAUCCACUGCAAAGCCUCGGUGACAACACACACACUGUGUCAUUUGUGGAGGACGUAGCAGUUGAAAUAAUCACAGUGACAGAUUAUGCAGAGGUUGAAUUGGGCACAAGCACCGACAUCGAGGUGGUGAUGGAAGAGAACUGCUGUGAAGGAACAGACAUUAGCACACCGGCUGAAGUUCUUCCUGAUGACACAACCAGGGAAGAAGAAGUUGAAGCAGGGGAGGAAGCAGUACAAGAAAAAGGUGCGAGUGGUUUGACAGACAUCAUCCUUCUAGAUGCUAACAAGGAGGACAUGUCGUCCUCCCAGCACAAAACCUCUGUGGGACCUCAUGACUGCCCAGACUGCGAGAAGAAAUUCAAGUUUGCCUCUUCAUUAAUCGCCCACAGGGUCAUCCACACCGGUGAGCGCCCCCACCGCUGCAACGACUGCGGCCGCUGCUUCUCUUUCAGGCAGUCCCUCGACAGGCACCGACAUACACACAAAACCGGCCGCAAGUACAACUGCGCCAUCUGCGGGGAGACCUUUCACUCUUUGUCAGCACGCACAGAGCACAAGCAGACACACAUGGAGGACGGUGUUUACGCGUGUCAUCAGUGCAACAAGAAAUUUAACUGGGAGCUGGCGCUUGCAAGGCACCUGAAAACUCACAGUGAGGAUAGAAACGCUAACGAGCCCACAGUGAGCUGUAAAGAUGGACAAGAGGUUGUUGCAGGUGAUGAAGGUGUCAGCGAGGCUCCUGUACUUGAUGAAGCUGACAGCCAGGUGGAUGACAAUGGUGAUCUUGAGGAUGCAGAGGUUCAGAGCGUUGACUGUCACCCCUCCGAGUCUGACAAUGAAGUCAUUUCCCAGGUGAAGGUCCGCACAAGUGGGCGCAAGCGCAAACCGACCAUGAAGAUCCAGGUGAUAAAUUUACAGAAGCGCAUGACCACUAAAAGAAAGAAGAUCACCAAGACGAACUCCACAGAGCUGAAGCCUUUACCUUUCAACUGUGCAGAGCACUCAUAUGGGUCAUCUGUGGUCUCAUCAAAGGACGGCGAUGAAAGUUCUGUAGCAGAUGGCUCAUUGGCUGCCUUCUCCUGUCCUAAGUGCUCCUACCACCACCCAGAAAAAGCCCAUGUCCAACAGCACAUUGACAAGGUUCACUCAGUUGAGGCUGAGGACGUCAAGCUGUCCCUUCAGCCCCUUGCAGAUGAAGAGGGGCGUUUUAGUUGCCCAGACUGUGAGAAGACCUUCAAGUUUCAAUCCUUACUAAAAGCCCACCAGCGCAUCCACACAGGCGAGCAGCCUUUCCUGUGUUCUCAGUGCGGACGAAGGUUCUCCUUCAAACAGUCACUGGAGAGGCACAAGCAGACGCACAAGUCCGGGCGCAAGUACGAGUGCCUGAUCUGCGGCGAGUUCUUCAAGUCCCUGGUGGCUCAGAGGGAGCACAAGAGCACCCACAUGGAGAACGGCGAGUACCUGUGUUCAGAGUGCGGCCGGGCGUUUGCCUGGAAGUCGGCACUGGUGAGACACCUGAAGACUCACAGUGAGGAUGCUGAUAAGGUAGAGCGUUCUUACAAAUGCCCUCACUGUGACCUGGGCUUCAGCUGUGCCAGCUACCUCAACAGGCACCUCCAGACUCACCAAGAAGAAAGAGUGCACACCUGCAACUGCGGAAAAAGCUUCGCCUACCGGGCAGCCCUUACCGCACAUCAACGCAUCCACCAAAAGGAGCGGCCGCACAUAUGUACGCAGUGCGGGAAGGGAUUCCUCUACAGGGGGGGUUUGCUGAGCCACAUGAAGAUCCACUCAGAGGAAAUGCCCUUUAUGUGUUCCUUCUGUGGUAAAAGCUUCAAGAGGGAACGCAACAUGAAGAAGCACGAGCGCUGCCACACCAGAGAAAACGUUUUCACCUGCUCGCAAUGCGACAAGAGUUUUGUCUAUAAGGCGACUUUGAUCAGACACGAACUGACUCAUUCAGGUGAGAGGCCGUUCCUCUGCUCCGACUGCGGGAAGGGAUUCUUUUCUCACGCUGAGCUUCUGAAGCAUGAGCGUUUCCACACGGGCCACAAGCCUUUCCAGUGCCCCCACUGUGGCAAGAGGUUCACUCAGUCUUGCUACCUGACCAUCCACAUGCGCUACCACACGGGAGUCCGGCCGUACUCCUGCACCGAGUGCGACAAGAGCUUCCUCAGUGCCAACCGCCUGAAAAGACACCAGCGGACUCAUUCGGGGGAAAAACCAUACCUGUGUGUAGAAUGCGGGAAGGGAUUCAGGCAGUCAUAUAAUCUGAAAAUGCAUCAACGGACACAUAUCAUGAAGUUAACCUAGUCAAGACUUGAAGUUAGACAGAGAUUAUUUUGGAAAUUUAACUGGUAAUGAGAUUAGAUUAGGCCAGUGUUGUAGUACGUGAGAUCAGUCUUGGUCUUGGAUGGUUUUACAACACUGGUUUAGGCAAAAGCUACUGUAGCUGGAUUGGGAUUUAUCUUCUAUGCAACUGCACUGAACUGUGGCUAGUAAAGACUUGUAAGAACAGAUUUAUGUUGAAUUUCUUUUUUUCCAUGAUACUGAAUGCGUUUGAUUUCCAGGUUUUGUUUGCAUUAAAGCACACUGAGCAGAGACGUGUCUUUCA